GAGUCCGGAGGACAGGACUGGUUUGGCUUGUCACACACCCUCUGAGGCAGAGCAUGCAUUUCACAGACUGACAAUAUCACGGAGUUUAAAAAGGUAGCAGCCUAAAAAAGCGCAGCUUUGGGACUGAAAAUCCACACAUAUGGGCGAACGGGAGGACGCGAUGUUUAAAACCACCGGCUCCAGGUGGCUGCUGCCUGUCAGCGCUACAGUGGGUUUGUCUCUGGACCAGGUGAACUUCCUGGCCUGCCAGCUGUUUGCCCUCGUUGCUGCCUUCUGGUUUCGUCUCUGCCUCAGUCCUAAAUAUGCAAGCCCUGCGCUCCGACAUAUGGUCGCCACACUCUUUGGAAUCACCUUUCUCCUCUUCUGCUUUGGAUGGUAUUCAGGUCAUAUCCUGGCUGUGGUGGCUGUAAACUAUUUACUCAUCUUGAAAGGUGACAUCAACAACGUACACAGGUACUCCAUGGUGACAGCAAUGGGCUAUCUGACAGUUUGCCACGUGAGCCGAGUCUUCAUCUUUAACUACGGCAUUCUUUCCACGGACUUCUCCGGGCCCCUGAUGAUUGUAACCCAGAAGAUAACAAUGCUGGCUUUCCAGCUGCAUGACGGCAUGUGUAAGAAAAGUGAACAGCUGACAGUGGAACAGAACCACUUGGCUAUACGAGUGAGGCCGUCUCUCAUGGAGUAUCUGAGUUAUAACCUGAACUUCCUGAGCGUCUUGGUCGGGCCUUGCAGCAACUAUAAGGACUACAUCGACUUCAUAGAGGGCAAACACAUCAGCUGCAGGUUAAAGCAGCACCCUGGAGCGUGUAAUGGGCAGAACGGCCAUGACAAGACACCGGACCUGUCCCCUCUGGGCGCAGUGUGUAAAAAGCUGCUGGUUUGCUCCGCCUGCAUGUCCUGCUUCCUUUUUAUCACCCGCUCGUUGCCCAUUAAUUAUAACAUAGAUGACCACUUUGUCAGCCAUGCCUCCUUCCUCACCCGGCUCACAUAUGCUUUCUUCUCCAUACAAGCUGCAAGACCCAAGUUCUACUUCGCCUGGACGCUUGCUGAUGCAGUAAAUAAUGCAGCAGGUUAUGGUUUUCUGGGGAUAGAUGAGAGUGGAAGACCCUCCUGGGACCUCAUUUCUAACCUUAACAUCAUAGGGAUUGAGACAGCGACCAGCUUUAAGACCUUCAUCGACAACUGGAACAUUCAAACAGGGAUUUGGCUCAAAACGGUUUGUUAUGACCGAGCUCCGAAGCAUCGCUUGGCGCUGACCUUCCUGCUGUCUGCUCUGUGGCAUGGCGUGUAUCCAGGCUACUAUUUCACCUUCAUCACUGCCAUCCCUAUCACCAUAGCAGCGAGAGCUAUCCGGAGGUCUAUCAGACACUACUUCACUGGCUCCAGAGCGCUGAAGCUUGGGUACGACGUUGUGACGUGGGCGGCGACCCAGCUGGCCAUCGGCUACACUGUCAUGCCUUUUCUUCUCCUCUCAGUGGACCACACUUUAAUUUACUACAGAUCGAUGUACUUCCAUGUCCACAUCAUCAGUAUUCUGGCCGCAGUCGCCCUGCAUCGGAAACAGAAACCCAGAGACCCCUCUGCAACCACCAAGUUGACUCCCCCCUCCUCCUCUUCUUCCUCCUUCUCAGCUCAGUGCCAGCCUGUUCACUCCAACAACAAUGACAAAAUCAACUGAACCCCUCCUCACAGCGUUUUUAACCAGGCUGGGAGUUUUCUUGGAGAGCGCUCUGCCUGCUGAAAGUUUGAACCAAACUAUUUAUUUUCCUGUCAGAACACAGAAGAUUCCUCCUAUGAUGGGAACCUUCAGCCAUGUUGGAGGAUGAGGAGUCACACAGACUGUAAGGAGGACCUCUGACAUAAUGUCUCCCCUCCCAUACCCCCCUCACUCCCUGCCACCCAUCUGAACCCCAGCGGCUGCUUCAGCAACAAUACCCCGAUAUCAGAAGAUAAAACGGAUCUCUCUCUCCUUUUUGUCUCGCCUCCCCGUGCGGCUGGAUGGGAGCCAGCAGAGUGGGAGACGACCCAAACACAGACUCGUCUAUAAACAGACACAAGGAAGUAAAUAUGCACAUGCUCCUCCGACAUGCUUGCACUCGGUCACACUGUGGUGCCACACAAAGGCUGCCCUGUGAGUUCACAAAGGAGCGUGCAGAGAGGGCACCGGCCUGCAGCCGCUACACCCACCCUACCCAGAGAAUGUUGUAGCUUUGUGUGGCUGACUGUACGAACGAGGAGCUGCUCUUAGUUUCAUGCCAGCACCAUAUAUCAGCGACAACAUGGGUCAGUAUUAAUCUCAAUGACAUGUAGGCUGGGCUGAAAACUAGAACAGACAGUGAAUGCAGCACAUUCUCUAUAGAGGAGGAUUUAUAUCUCCACCAAUAAUCAGAAUGAUGGGUAGAAAAGUUAUUGUGGAACCUAAAUAGGAUAUUUCUUGGUGAAUCAAUGUUUUAUAGGUUAAUGAAUGUAAUUUAUACACUUUUUUUUGGAGAUCUUUCUAUGCAGAGGAGGAGGUAAGAAUUCAAUAAUACGGUUCCUAAUGUUCCUAUCAUCAUGUGUUCGGGGCUGGAUACCUGUUACCAUGAUAAAAGUUUAGCUGGACUAAAGACGUGCUUAGACUGUCCGUCAUCAGGCAGGAAUCACUGAGCUCCAACAGACAGACAGACAGACAGAGGAGAGAAGAGUUUGUUUUUAAACCGAUUCCCUGUAGGAGGGUUGAACAGAGACAUCUGGUGGUUGCCCGUACCAUCUAUUCUAAUAUAUAUAUUUUCAACUAAAAUAAAAAUGAAUUCAGCUUAAAUUGGUUAAAAUAGAGUUUCCUCCAACAGAUUUAGUAACAAUGACAUUAUUUUAACCCUUUCUUCCACUUUUGCACAUUUAAAACUUAAGUUCAUGUUUUGAUUGUAGAUGAGUCGUGACUUUAGUUCUGGUGCCGAUGAGUUUGGCUUUUUAAAAAUUGGGAGGGAGGGCUUGUUAAUGGUGCUAUCUUCAGGCUUAUUACAAUUCUAGAUACGUCUAUAUAGGUAGCUUUUUUAAAAUUGACAUAUCUAAAAUGACCAGACGUCUUAAAAAAGACUUUGUUGGGUUAUAGUUUACUUGCACACCAACUUUUACUGUUUCAUUCAGGAGUCUGACUGUCGUACAGGAGUUGUUUGGGCUUCGGGCAAAUGUGCGUGUUGUUGGUCAUUUUUCCCAGCUUGUUCCAAAUAUUCAUUUUCUACCACCUUUAAAGUGUAAAUCCACAGAGUUAAGGGCUAAAUAAUCAUGUUUAUAGUAAGAGUCCAGAAUGCAGAUAAGCUGUGACAAUGGUGGUUUUUAGUCACCCUGCCUAGUUCCUUGAUUUGCCAUCCAGUAACCAAUCAAACUAUAAGAAAGUGAUGGAAAUAUGGGGGUAAGAGAAAUUCCUGUUUUCACCAACUUCCAGCUACCUGCACGUGAAUGAAAGCUGGACUGAAAACUUUUGUAUUUAUUUUUUUUUCCCCCACUUGUUGCCGCCCUAGCCUUAAAUGCCGUCCUGGGCAGUUGCCCAAAUGGCACCAUUCAUGGACAGUUGCUGAAUUAUGGCGCGAGAACAGAGGAUGAUCAAGGUUAACGUGAAUAAAAGAAGUA